AUGGACAUUACCACUCCAGAAUGGACUCAUUUAUUUGUUCAUCAUAUAUUUGAUUUUAUGACUGGAUCCGAGCUCUUGAAUCAGACAUGUCUGGUGUGUUCGAUAUUCAAUCAUCUUGUCAAAAUGUACAUUUCUAAACAAACUAUUCAUGUAUGGAAAAUGGAGAGCAAUGCAAGAAAAUUUUCAUUGAAAAAAACGGACAAACUGUUGGAAAUGAUUUUGCCAUUGUUGGAUAAUGAUCAAAUCCAUUCAUUGCAGGAAUAUGAUACUUUGAGUUGUAUUCAAUACAUGCCAAAUAUUGUAUUUGAAUCAAUGUUCUAUAACAUACUAUCAUCGGAGCUCAACGAAGAUGAGCGCAGACAAGUGUCACGAUUCAUGAAACACACAGUCGAAGCGGGACCUUUCCUUCUUUCACAAGACAAUUCCCAUAAAUCAAGUGAAAUCAGGGGUGGAUACUCUCUUCGCAUGCAAUACGAAGACGAGGAGCCUGUUUCCUAUUUGCUUUCAGAAUUUACAAAUCACACAAAAAUUCAUACGUUACACAUUGAGACAAAUUCACCUUCGUUUUACCAUUCUUUUCAAAAGCAAAAAUUAUUUCGCAAGUAUGAAGAAACAAUUUUAAAUCAAAUAUUUCUGUACAGGUCUUUGAUACUGAAAGCAAAUGAUGACUUGGACGAACGAAUAUGUCAAGCAAUCAAUCCACAUGCACAACAUGUAACAUUAACCUUUAAUACUUAUACCAUGUCAAAGAUAGCAUCAAUAUGCAACCGAUUUGACUCAUACAACAUCAAAGCACUGUUGCGAAUCGAAAGUAAUGCCCAACAUCGUAGUACAGCGAAUACUUCUCAAUUUCUAACACUUUUUGAUGUCAUAUUAGAGUUUACAAGCUCGAAGGGUUUCAAAAUUCAGAACACUUCAAAAUUGUCUUCAAAUUCUUCUUCAAGUCAUGUCCUGUUUCGAGAUGAAAUUUCAUGCAUUAAGAAAUUAUCCAUUCUCGAUUCUCAGCCCAUUGACAUUAUUCCAACUGGUCUCGAGGAAUUACGUUUAGAGAGGAUACACUUUAAAGACGGAUCCGAAUUUAUUCAGCUUCUACGAGGGAAUUGUGAUUCUUUGGAGACACUUCAUUUGUGUAAUAUCAUAAUUCCCUAUCAUUCAUUCUUCGUACUCAACGGCAAACCAUUCUCUUUCCCAAAGCUGAAACAUCUCAUCAUUGAUGGAUGUUCUAUGGACGGAGAAGAAACUACGCUCAAUACCAACGACAGUGACAACAACAAGCCAGGAGUUGCCUCUUGGAAAAGAAUUUUCGAUUUGAAUCAAUCAAGUGCUCAGUUACAAACUCUUACAUUCAAAAGAAACAUUCCCGAGUUGACACAUCUUCCAUUCUCACGAAUUUGUUCUCUCAAACAACUCGUAUGGGAACAAUUGGAAAAUGUUGAGGACUUUAAACGUUUAUCACAAUUUCCAUAUCUUGUUGAUUUGCAGCUGAUUUAUAAUCGAGAAUUCGAUCAAAUUGCACUUUUUCACCUUGGAGACAAGCUUAAAUAUUUAACACGAUUCAUCAUUUCUGGAAAGAUCAAUUCUCCAAUUUUGGCUGCUAAGGAAUUGCAAAAUGCCCUUUCAUCAUUUUCCAUGAAAAAUGCUACACGAUUUAUUCAUCUUGACAAACAAGAACUAUUUUCAAAGAAGGACGACGAAAGAGAUUACCAGUUUGAGCUCUCCAUGAAUCAUAUGAACAUGAAGGCAGAUCAAAAAAAAAUGUCACAACUCAACAUUAUCUCUAUAUUGAUUCACUUGGGAUCAUCUCUUCAACAUGACAACACUCAGCCAUAUGCCAACUUGUCACCCUUCUCUGAAUAUUUCAAAUCUAUAUUUUUUGAAGGACUUUUUCCCUGUGUCAUUUACUCGAGAUUCCUCAGCUCUGGAUUGAAAUUCAAGAAUUUUGUUGUUUCUAAUUUUGACAUGGUGAUUGAGGUUCUUGUUCCCUUGCUGUUGUAUCAUCCAAAAUUACAAUGGGUCACAUCAUCAAGAACAACAACAUUUGCCUCACCUUCUCAUCAAACAUUCACUGAUUUCAGCAUGAAAAUUUCAUCUUGUCAAGCUGAUUUGUUGAGUGGAGGACGAGAUCUUGAUAUUCACAAUAAUAAUGGACUUGUCAUGCUUGUAUUAUUUGUGGAAAAGGAACAGAUUAUUCAUGUGACUUGUGAACUCAAUCCAAACAAUCUCACUCCUAAACGUCUGAAAGAAAUUGAACAAAAUUGGAUCAAAAUUUAUCGAUAG